GCGCGACUCCAUCUUAGAGACUGAGUAGAACACAUUAAUGUGAAGAGCAACCUUUGAUGAGUUCUACAUACUUUUAAUUAAUGUUGUUCCUAUUGUUCAUUAAACUCUUGAUCUAAUCUUAACACUAUGACGUCAUUAAGCCUAAGGAGAGAAUUAUUUCAACAACAGAUGAAAUGAAUAUUCAGAUUUCUUGGGUUGCUAAGUCAUCAACACUGUUGAACACAUAUUGCGCAUUCUUUUAUGCAAAUUUCUUUUAAAAGAGACUCCUGACAAACUUGAAUCGAUUCAGUUUUCCUGUCAACUUUUUAUCGAAUACGACCCGUCGGAGAUUCAGGCUCCUAGCAAUUUUAUCAAUUUUCGGUCAAACUUUAACUUUCCUUUGGUUGUGGUAAGUUUUAAACCGUUUCUGCAGCUGUCAUCAAGUCCCACUGCAAAUCACGCGGUGAUAUUUGCCUGUGUGAUAGAAGGGCGACAUUUCAACAUUGUUUUUACCGAACGAAGUUUAUUUCCUAGGUCCUAAAUACAGUGUAUUUCUUUUACAGUUGUUGACAAUUGAUUCGGAGCUUAAAAGAAAAUUUUAAUCAAGAAUCAGACGAACGAGGUCGAGGAUCGUUUGUAGUCCUUGUCAAGUCUCUCAGCUGCCAAAGUCCUCCGAGCAUCGAGCCAAGCAAGACGAACGAAAGGGAUUUAAUUUGUUUCUCUGUACCCGUAAUCUUCAGUCUAAGUCAAGCAAUUAAAGGCAGGAUAUCAAGCGAGCUAGGCAAACUAUAUUUCAGCCGAGUUUAUCCAACUCUGUGAACAGAUUUCCGCAAGGCAAAUUAACAUAAGGAAACCAUCUUAAUAAAGAUGCAAAACAAAGGCCGUAGAAUUGGUCCAAGAUCCAGUUCUCCAGAAGAUCCUUCAAAAUGCAUCAAGUUCUCGCUGUUUUUCUUAAAUGUUAUUUUCUGGUUAGCUGCGAUCUUAAUCCUUGGAGUCGGAGUGUACAUGAUGGUCGACAAAGACGUAGAUUACCAAAGUUUGAGCGAUUUGUCGUUUGAUCCUGCAGUGCUGUUCGUGAUUCUCGGCGGAUUAUUGUUUCUCAUUACCUUCCUCGGAUGUCUAGGCGCUUUACGAGAGAACACUUGCAUGUUAUGCUGUUAUGCCAUCAUUGUUGGCGUGCUUUUGUUAAUCGAAGUUGCUUGCGGCGCUUUGGGCUUCAUCUUCCGCGAAAAGGUGGAGGAGAACAUCCGAAAAAAAUUAAACGAUGCAAUUAAUCUUUACCGUGAACCAGAUAAACCAGACUUGCAGCUGAUUAUUGAGACAGUACAAACUGAAUUCAAAUGUUGCGGAAUCACCUCGCAUGAAGACUGGCAGGCUAACCUGUACUACAACUGUUCUUCGCCGGGGGCAGAGGCGUGCGGAGUGCCGAAAACAUGCUGUAAGACUGAAGAAGACAGGAUUAACAGCCAGUGUGGGUAUGGAGUCGGAAGAAUGGAUUCCAUCGAGCGAGAGAAGAGGAUCUAUACAACUGGUUGUCUGACGAUCGCUGUUAACUGGUUCAAAAACAAUCUCAUUACUAUCGGGAUUUCGUCGUUCGGCAUACUACUGCUACAGAUCAUAACCAUUUGGCUGGCUGUUACACUUCGAGGUCAGGUGGCUGAUAUCAAAGAAUCGUUCAACUCUCCGUCCAAUAGACGAUGACAAUUGAUUGCCUCUUCCAUUGUUGAAUUUGAUGGUGUAUGCAACACAAUCUCAGUAUUCAGUUUUGACCGCUAGUGGUAGCUUAGUUCCUUACUACAUUGUCGCUUCUUAGGUGGAAAAAAUGAUUAAAAAAGAAUUUAGGACUUAAGCUAAUUAAUAAGUGGCCAAAGAUGCUAUUUUUGUUUAGUCGUAAAGACAACUGUUCUCUGGUCAACUUUACCAGGUGUAUUAACUAACAAAGAGAAGAUAUGAGGUGCACGAGAGGUGAUCGAGAGGAAAGGAGGAGAAAAUAGCAUUACUAUUAAGAGAGCUUGAAAAAAUUGGCUUACUAACUGUGGAAAUGUUUUGGGAGCGAAGUUAAUAAUUUGAAUUAUACCUCUGAAGGAACAGUAUUAUUCACUAUUCAAAUAUACGCGUUACAUUAGUUAGUUUAGUUAGCUGUAAUUCGUAAGCCGUACCUAGGUUUGCCGCAUAUCAUUCGCCGAGAUCCAUGCAUGCAAUAAUUUUUAUAUAUUUCCCUAGAAGGACUACAUUCGUAAAGAGGUCAAGUAGAGGCGAGUUAAUUCAGUGACUUGUUUUCAUUCUUACCUAAUCAGAAUAGAUUCACAGCAUGAAUGAUCCAGGAAUUAUCUCUACGAUAAAGGAUACGCUCAGACAGCGUUUAUAAUGUAAGCAGAAAUUGGUAUGUGUGGCGCACAUGCACCAACGCAAACGAAAGUGCAAAUAUGGAAGGGGACGUUCAUGUCAUACGUAAAUGCAAGGAACGUAUGAUACGUAGAGAUUGUCCGAGUGCUUUUUUCCCCAAGACGGACAAGAUGAGAAUCUGACAAUUGUUCUCAACAUGUCUUAGGUUAUGCUCAAGUGCAAGCUUAUGUAGUUUGAGAAAUUUUUUUUUAUAAAUUGGACCUAGUCCUAAUUCUUUCGUUUUAUCAGCAAGCUUUACCUCAGGUUAUACUUGGCUCCCAUUGUUUGCCUUAAAGAUACUCCCCAGCACCCUUGGCCGAUUUCUAGUCCUAAACAGCUGUCGACGACGUCAUCGUGGCGUCGUCGACAGCUUUAUCAGACAAUAUUUGGAACAUUACCUCUGAGUGUAUAUAUGCCUUUGCGUUUGACCUUUGCGUAGGCAAAACCAGAGGCCUACCUAGACCGGUGAGUACUGUAGUAUCGUGGCAUUUUUGUGUCUGCACGUGUAGCAUAACCCAGCCCUUCCACCCAAUAUCACAUGACAUAGAAACUAACACAACCGUUCAUAACAAUUACACCACCUUACAGUGUUUUUUGUGGACAUCAAACAAAAGAGAUAUAAUUGAUUGAAAC